UCGGGACUCGGGAAAUUGUGUAGUAAACGACACCACGAACACAAAACAUAUCGCCAGGCGAGAGGGAGACAGAGACUCCUAGUCGUAACUUAGGCCUAAUUGUACAGCUUAAUUCGUGUUUUGUAUUCUGCGCCUCCCCUUUUUCAUUUCCCACUACCGAACUGACGAAGUUUGAUCAUAUGAACGGUACUGAUGAAUAAGGCUGUUGUAGAAUAUUACAAAAGUGACCUUAAGAACACUAGUGCAUUCCGUAAGCAGUUAGUCGAUAUAUGUGUACAGUCUGGCUUUAAAAUAGAUGAGGUUGGUUCAGCUGAUGAAGUUGAUAGAAGUGUGAUCCAUUUGAACAACUGCAUUGUCCUAUACCAUUUGCACCAGUAUCGGGCGGCUUUAUCACUGCUGGAGAAAAUGUACACUGGUUUAGAAUCCCUGGAGGAAAGUGUUGGUAUAGGUGUGUGUCUUUUAAUGGCAGAGUGUUAUCUUGGUGUAUAUCAGCCAGAGAAAGUUUUACCAGUUAUUGCCCACACAGAAACAACCUUUCUUCCACAACCUCUUCCACACACACCUUCUCCAAAGCAACCUCCACCACAAGAAAAAGAAAACAAGUCACCCGAAAAGACUGGUGUUUCUACUGGCAGUGGUUCUAAUGGAAAUAGCAGCAGUAGUAGCAGUAGCAGUAGUAGUAGCAGUAGUAGUGCAGCAGCAGAUGAAAUACGUUGCAGUGCCACCCAAGAACAGUUACGAGGUAAACUUCAACAGCUUAGAGUACGGGCUAUGUUGAUGAUGAGAUCAUUACGUGUAGCGAAGAAGGAAUUAAAAACAAUCGUAACUCAUGCAGUUAGUGCAGGAAAAUCUUUGAAUGUAACACUUGUUAGUUUAAAAAGCCAGUUAGAGUAUCUUAGAGGAAACUUUCGGAAGGCCAUUAAAGUCCUAAAUCAGUGUGCUGCAAUACCUACUCCUAGUCUUACAUAUGGUCCUAGCUUAGGUGUAAUGUAUUACAAUAAUCUGGGUGUAAUUCACCUUGGCUUAGGAAAACCAACAGUUGCUUGUCUUUAUCUUCAAAAGGCCUUACAAGAAACACAGAUAUUAGGUGACACAGAAUCCUCAGAGACUUCAGGAGACUGGUUAUCUACACGUUCAAUAUAUCAGCUUAGUAGUAAUGUACAGUCAGAACUUUAUUAUAAUUUAGGUGUUACAUUACUUCAUAUGAAUAAACCUGAUAAAGCAUUUGACUUUCUUCUAGAAGUUUUACAAGUACAUUCCACAAAUCCUCGCUUAUGGCUACGACUUGCAGAAUGUUGUAUAGCUGUACACAAAUUGUGCCUUAAGGAUGACAUAAGCAUCAGGAAGUCAGUAGUCCAGGGAACUGUAGGUGUUGGUAUACACCGAAAAAUUUGCAUUGCUACGUGUAUCGACAGUCAUAAUAAGAAAAAGGAUCUGGAAUCCGCCUCAGAUGCUGCAUUUCCAGAACCAACGUUGGAGUUUGGUCGACUAUGCCUUCGUAAUGCCCUUGUGUUACUACCAGAAAACGCUUCAACAACACCACUCACAGAUGAACAAGAGGCAUCAGGAGUUAUGCCUGAGCUGUAUCCAGCAGGGCCUUCUUCUCCAUUGCGAGGAACCGAAGUGGUCAGCCUCCGUGUUUCAGCACUUGCUUGUAGUGCCUACGUGUGCCUCUGCUUAUCUGAUCAUUCAGCUGCCUUACGGCAUGCAGAAACCUUACUCGUUGCUCAUCCAAAAAUACCUGGUGUCUAUAAGUUAUUAGGACAUUUAUAUGCUGGUGAAGCCUUGAUUUGUUUAGGAAGAGUGUCAGAAGCAGUUACACACUUUGAUCCCAGGCAAAUUGGAGACCUUUCACUCACCUCCUCUUCACAGGAUGUAAAUCAAAGUCCUCCUCUUUUGUUACCAAAUGAUAGCUGGUAUUCAGGGAACCUGUCUACUGCAAUGCAAGUAAUGCGAUAUAACCUCAGUGUUGCGUAUGCUUUAAGAGGAGAAUAUGAUAAAGCCAGCAAUAUACUAAAAGAGGUGUGGACUGAAAGAAAUGGAAAUAUGCCUCCACAAGUUAUCAUGUUGGCCAUGUACAUUCAACUGCAAAUGGGUCAUGCAGAUGUUAUGAAGAAUAUUGUCAAGAAGAAUAUAUUGCUUACUUGAAACUAUUGUUUAUUUUAAAGUAUUUGUCUUAUUUACAUAUGGGGAUGAGAGCUAGAAUUAUAUUGUACAUUUGUAUGUAGCCACGUGUUGGUAAAGGCUGUGAUUGACUAUAAUAUUUUGCAGAUUUUGAUUUAGUAUUAUUAUCACUGCAUUGUUGAUUUCUUAAUAAUUCAGUUAUACUCUCAUUCAACUUUUUUAUAUAUAUUUAUUAGAUUUAGUAAAAUAAAUUUCAGUUGAUUUAAAAAAGUUACAGAGUUCCUUUGCCUUCUAAUGAACCAAAUUUCAGUUUGUAGUUUUUGUGCAAUAAUAGGGGGUAAGACAAAUAAUAAUAAAGACUACAAUAUUUACA